GGAUUGGCAACAGAUGUUAGCUCAGGACCAAUCUUCCUCACCAAAAAUAAAUAAAUAAGAGAAAACAGAUUCCAUAUCUCAGAAUAAAAGCCUUCUGUAGCUUCCUUGCCCCUGCUCUGAAGCGUAAUGAAUGAGGGUUCAGUUUCCCGUGAGGCACAGGAAAUGUGGGAAAGGCAAGUUUCAGGAAAUCAAAGAUCGUAACUCCAGGUCUUGAUAACCAAUUUAUACUUUGGCCUGGAGUGCACAAAUUAUGCCCAUCAGUUAUGUAAAGUGACUUUUCAAUUUGCACACAGGCAGAUCUGGUUCAAACACACACACAUACGCUUUAAACCCAGUACACACUUCACUCCUCCACCAUGUGAGCACAGCAAGACCACAAAAAGCAUUGCAAAGAUUGCUAAACACACAGAACAGUUUUAUGGUGGUGGCACAAACAGAUAAAUGGCAUUUAAUGAGUUGCAACAUUAAUUUUAAAAGGAGACAAUAAACAAUUUUCAAUGAACAGGAUCAAAAUCUAUGGAAAUACUGUUUUCCGUAUUCAUAAUCAUUUGUAUCUAUAAUUUGUGAUUGGCCAAAUUUUCUUUCUUUCUUUAUUCUGACAAAAAGAUGAUGCUUCCUAUGAAGAUCUUCUGAAGCAAGCAUUUUAUCCUCCUAGCACAUGGAAAUGGUGUCCUUAUUUAGUAACCUGAAGUUAAGCUUCUUUUAUGAGGCAUAAAACUCUUUCUCAGCAAAUAAACAGCACUAAUGAAUGUUGAUAUGAAAACUGGCACCAAACAGUGAUAAAGAAAACAUCCGGUGCAUUCUGUAAAUACCCAUUUGGGGGCUAUAUAAAAGUCUCAGGAGGGAAGCAGACCUCUGGAGUCAGGCAAUCAGAGUUUUGUAACUAGUCUUCGCUCUUCACGUCUAAUAGAAUGACUUCUGACGGCUCCCCCACAGGCUGCCCUUCUGAAUCCUGUGCCGGGGCUUCUGAUUGUGCAAUUGCUUCCAGCUGCUCGCUGGAAACCACUUGUCUCCCCAACGCCUGUGCUGCAUCCAGAUGCCAGACCCCUAGCUUCCUGUCCCGGUCUCACUUGCCAGCCGGUUGCAUCACGCCAUGCCACUUUGCUGGGAGUUGUAAUAUUCCGUGCUUGGUGGGGAACUGUGCUUGGUGUGAGGAUGGGGUGUUCAACAGCAAUGAGAAGGAGACCAUGCAGUUCCUGAAUGACAGACUCGCCAACUACCUGGAGAAGGUGCGCGGCCUGGAGGAGAUGAAUGCAGAGCUGGAAUGCAGGAUCCGAGAGCAAUGUGAAGAGGAUGUCCCGUUGGUGUGCCCUGAUUAUCAGUGUUAUUUUGACACGAUUGAAGAUCUCCAACAAAAGAUCUUGUGCACAAAGGCAGAGAAUUCUAGACUUGCUGUACAGCUUGACAACUGCAAACUGGCCGCCGAUGACUUUAGGUCCAAGUACGAGUCCGAACUGUCUCUUCGCCAGCUGGUAGAGACUGACAUCAGCGGCCUGCACGGGAUCCUGGGUGAGCUGAACUUGUGCAAAGCUGACCUGGAGGCACAUGUGGAGUCUCUAAAGGACGAUCUCCUUUGCCUUAAGAAAAACCACGAACAGGAAGUCAACUUGCUUCGUGGACAGCUUGGUGACCGACUCAGUGUGGAGCUAGACACUGCCCCCACCAUCGACCUUAACGGUGUCCUGGAUGAGAUGCGCUGUCAGUAUGAGACGGUGCUGGCCAACAACCGCAGAGAGGCAGAAGAGUGGUUUGCUGUCCAGACGGAGGAGCUGAGUCAGCAGCAACUGUCCAGUGCGGAGCAGCUGCAGGGCUGCCAGACGGAGAUCCUGGAACUGAAACGCACAGCCAACGCUCUGGAAAUUGAGCUCCAAGCACAACAAAGCCUGACAGAAUCUCUGGAAUGCACUGUGGCAGAAACCGAGGCCCAGUACAGCUCCCAGCUGGCCCAGAUGCAGUGCCUGAUCGAUAAUGUGGAGAACCAGCUGGCUGAGAUCCGCUGCGACCUGGAGCGGCAGAACCAGGAAUAUGAGGUGCUGCUGGACACGAAGGCCCGGCUGGAGGGCGAGAUCAACACGUACCGGGGUCUCCUGGAGAGCGAGGACAGCAGGCUUUCCUAUAACCCGUGUCCUACAACGAGCAUGCCGAGAAACACUUGUGAGCCUUGCUCUGCGUAUGUAAUUUGCACAGUUGAAAAUUGCUGUUCAUGAGUGCUAAACACCCGGAAUGGCGGAUGGAGGAAUUGAAUCCAGCAGCGUCCUGGAAAGGCGAUGAGGCUUCACUCAGAGACAUCCUAACUUGAAACUCAAGUCAAGAAGGCUUCCAUUUCCUAAAAUUGUCCUCUAAGCAUCCUCGGUACAUUUCCACUUUAUCAUUUCCUCUCCUGCCUGCUUAUUUGGAAUAUUCUAGGAGUCUAUAAAGCUUUCUUGCUAACCUCCAAAUAAAAUGUGUUUCAUUCCUUUA